AUGACUCUCACGCGCUCACAGACGGGCAAGACGCCAAAGAAAAUCGUCCUCGAAGGCUUCGUUGAAACCCCGACCCGGCGCGUCACGAGAAGUCGAGCUUCCAAGAGCCCCGAACGCACCGAGGCAAAGCUUCUGUCGAACGGAAUAAUGGCGACGUCCAUCCAGACGAGACACCGGCGUGAUGCUCAGAAGGUCGGCGUCGAGGUGGUUGGGUCUGUCGACUCUGCGGCUGUCGUGCAGUCGAAGGAUCAAACAAACGUUAAACAGGCGGAGACCCAGGCUUCGGGCAAGUACACGGACCACUUCGAGUUUGGGGGAUCGUGGGGCGUGCUGUCUAUGAUGAUUGGUUUCCCGCUGCUUAUGUAUUAUAUGUGGAUUGGGGCCGUCUACUACAACGGCCAUCUUCCUCUGCCGGCGCAGGGCCAGUCUAUGGGGGAUUUCGUGAAGCACUUGGGCAAUAUCGUGUACGAGGGUGCUUUCCCCUCGCUCAAGGCGUGGACUAUCUACUGGACCUUCUUCGUCUUCGAGGCCCUGUGCUACUUGUAUCUCCCUGGCAUCGAGGUGAAAGGCAGGCCCCUGGAGCACCUGGGUGGAAAGCAGCUCCCCUAUCGCUGCUCUGCCGUCGCCUCUUUCUACACGACGAUUGUCAUUGCACUUGGCCUUCACUUUUCGGGGCUCUUCAAGCUCUACACGAUAAUCGACGAGUUCGGUCCGUUGAUGAGCGUUGCUAUUGCAACUGGCUUCAUCCUCUCGUUCGUUGCUUAUUUCUCCGCGUUUGCUCGUGGCAACCAACAUCGUAUCACUGGAUAUCCGAUUUACGAUUUCUUUAUGGGCGCGGAAUUGAACCCUAGAUUGUUUGGUAUCUUGGAUUUCAAGAUGUUUUUCGAAGUACGCCUGCCUUGGUAUAUCCUGCUAUUGGUCACAAUGGGCGCGGCAGCACGGCAGUACGAAAAGUAUGGAUACAUUUCAGGCGAAGUGGGCUUUCUUUUGAUGGCCCACUUUUUGUACGCCAAUGCCUGUUCAAAGGGUGAAGAGUGCAUUAUUCCGACUUGGUAUGUGGUUGCUCAGCUCAGCAAUACUAUACGGAACAGAGCUGGGACGGUGCUAAUAAUUUUUUUGCUUUACAGGGAUAUGUACUACGAAAAACUUGGCUUUAUGCUAAUUUUCUGGAACCUUGCUGGUGUGCCACUCAGUUAUUGCCAUUGCACAAUAUACCUUGCCAGCCAUGACCCCACCACCUACCAGUGGAAUAAAUACGCUCUCGCUGCCAUGUACGUUGCCUACGUGUUCGUCUACUGGGUCUGGGAUACAACAAACAGCCAGAAGAACCGAUUUCGUCAACAACAGCGGGGUGAUAUGGUCUUGAGAAAGGCCUUCCCUCAGCUGCCAUGGCAGACGGUUGAGAACCCCCGGACUAUUACAAGCAAGAAAGGCGAUACAAUUCUUGUUGACGGCUGGUGUAAGUGUUCCUCUUCGCCCAGCGUAACGCCUCUUCUCGAUACUAAAUACACUUUAGACCGUUAUGCCCGCAAAAUUCACUAUACCUGCGACCUUUAUUUUGCCUUGAAUUGGGGCUUGGUCACUGGAUUUAGCAGCCCGUUCCCAUGGUUCUAUCCUGUUUUCUUUGCCGCCAUGAUCACGCAUCGUGCAAUGAGAGAUAUUCAGAGAUGUAGAGCUAAGUACGGAGAAGCCUGGACCCAAUACGAAAAGGAGGUUCCAUAUCUAUUUAUUCCUUAUGUCAUCUGA